UCAAAAGAUCUUGUCACGCCAUUUUUGAUGAAAAUGCUUGGACAAAUGCAAGUUCUCAGUAGUAAUCUGAAAUGUGAAAGGCAACCAGACGGUAAAUUCCUCUAUGAGUACUCGGUACAAGUGCACCCUUACGAAGAGGACGAAGAUCUCGCGGCAAUUCUUCGCUCUGAUUCUCAAUCAUCCGCGGGAUUUUCGACCAACUCCGGUUUUGCCUCCACGGCUGAUUACCCAUCCUACUCUGGCGAUAAUUUAAGAGGACCUUCGAUUAGUAGAAGCUUCCAUUCUGAAGCUGAGUGCAUAUACAUGUACGAAGUGCGAUUCAUUUUGUACCAUCGCAAUAUGAAUGGAAGAGCUCAAUUACGGCUCAAAGAUGAGUUCCCGUGCAGUACUACUGUUCGAGAGGUCAUCGACCACUUUCGAGUUGAGACGGACGGUGUUCACAGGGGUGUAUUUGCGCCUCGCCUCGCCUAUGCUCUUGGAAGUGCACGGGGCGGUUCCUACCCGCUACUGGACUGCGACCUGGACAAAACUCUUCUAGAACUUUGUGGGAAUGAUGCGGAUACAAACACAAUAACAAUCAUUGCAGAUGUAACACGUUGA